CGGUGAGCAACCUUGCAAGAGAAGGCAAUGUUUAUUGAGAGGCUAUUACCAAGUGCAGGCCAAGUCUAUCAACGCUGCUGGAGUCUUGUACUACACUGCCGCUUUGCCACAGCACUCUCGAUGGCGAAGGGUUACGAGGGAACAGGUGGUCUCUGCACAUUUUUUGCCAGAAUCACGAUGCAACAUGCUAGUACAGUAUGCGAACGUCUUCAUUCGAAGAGGAUCAACCUGUCAAGUAGACGUUACACUUAAACGAGGAACGUACACCCGUUCUGUUACUAGUGAACAUUCCUGUACCAAAGGAGGAAGUUGUAUUCGAUGGAUUGGCCUGGAUACACUGCCAUCGAAUCUAAGACAUCAAUGUCCAAGUCCGUCUCGAAUAACAGUCUCUAUCAGGCCAGUAGUGAGGGAUGGUGUAGGCUCACAAUGCAGUGUCAGUGCGGACAGUCACAACCGUACGAUAAUUCGUAUCUUCAUGGAAUACACCACAGAGGAAGAACCACCUGCAACCGCCUCUACAACACGUAGAUCUGUUCCGACUACUUCCAUCGGCGAGCGUACAACAUCCAGAUAUGUGCUCACAACUUCCGUACAGGGUCCUAUUGCAUCCAGGGACAUAUCUCACAGACCAACCCUUGAUUUGAACACAGAAACAUCAACAAUUAAACCGUUAUCCGCCCACUUGACAUACAUUGACGAAAGGGUCGUAACGACACUCAACGCAAAGUCAGAUUCAUCUUCGAAUUCAAUUCACAUCACGCCCAGUAGCGACAGUUAUACGACUAGACAGUCAACCAAAGAAACUGUAUCAACAGGACGAGGCAAUACAAAUACCAAUGCACUUUCAACGCUCACAGUGACCGCAAUGGCAGAAAAUCAACCUUCUUUUUUUCCCAGCCGUGGUGCCAUAAUAGGCAUUUCAGUGUCAGUUAUUGUCUUCGGACUCCUAUUAGGAACAGUUUUCCUACGUAGAUUUCGCUCUUCCAUGUGUCCAGCGGAAGGCCAGAACCCACCCAAAUGUAAUAAAUCUGUGCAGAGCAAUUCAGGAUAUCCGGAUGGCCCUGUCCGCAACACCCAAGAAAUUGCCAUGUACGAGACAGUGACAAAUGAUGCCUCAAAAUACUCAGAACAAUCAGGAGCAACGCAAGAUAACAACCAGUCUAAUGUUCCCAUGUACGAGAGCACAGCGUAUGUCAGCAUUACAAAGAAAUCCUGUGACCUCACGGAGAGUUCUGUUUACCGCACCAACACGGACACCAAUUAAGUAUUACCCAUCGCCAUUGUUUUAAACAGGGUUACUUAUGAGAUAUUUGACAAUUAAGUACAGUGAAAAUGAACACAGCAACUGCAGUACCAUUUUCGCUUUGCGGUACCUAUCCAUAACGUUGUCUGUUGCCUUUCCCUGGCAUAUACAUGUACCUCUGUCUUCACCAAUAUUGUAUGACAUGUGGGGUUCGUAACCCCGGGCAUUCCCUUAAGCUGAGUGCAUUAUUUGUUCUUUGAGAUUCUCCUACUCCAUUGUAUGACAUGAUAGUGCAGUUAAGCUUUCUUCCCAUAUCAUCAUAAACAUACGCUGGGCAUGGUUUGGAUGCUGUCAGCAUGGUAGA